CUAUCUCUGGCCAGUGGCCAAUGAAGUUUUUAGAAAAGAUGAAAACUUAGAACAAAGUUCUGUGUGCUAAGAGCUAGGUAUCCGUCAUAGCAUCCUUUUGCUGUCCCUAGUAGAUGCAAAGCAAUAUCGUAUUGAUGAGACAGGGAUGAACGAUAUAUAAGCUGGAGUGCCGUAUUUAAAAGAAACUGUCGGCCAAACCAGAGGAAAGGAGAGAGGUGAACUAGCCGGAAGGUAGACUGGGGAAGAGCAUGCGGCAGCCUGUGCUGCUUGCAGUGCGGUAUCAUUAAGGGGGCCAUUUGCAAAUCUUAAAGAUGACCAUCGAGAUGGAUUAAGGUGCUUCUUGCCCUGUGUCUGACAACUAGCAUUCAAUCCCUGGGAUCACGAGGUGGUAGAAGGCUAGAACUGAUUCCCACAAGUUAUUCUCUGAGUUGUACAUGUGCCUACAGCAUGUGUUGCAGAAUAUUAUUUUAAGAUGUGUUAAUUUGUUUAUACUGUGGAACAUUUAAUGAUGCAAAGAUGUAUUUGUGUUACACUUGUUUUAUUAUGUGAAGCUGUGAUUCUUUGGCUGUCCAAUAAAAAGAGCUGGACAGUCAACAGUGAGGCAGGAGAAAGGAUAGUCACGGCUGGCAGGCAGAGAGGAGAAAACAGGAGGCAAGAAAACAAGAAGAGGACACCCAGCUCCCAAAUAAACUACACACACUGAGUCUUAGUCUUACAAUAAGCCUUAGCUUGGCUUAUUUUUAGCCAGCUUCUCUUAAGUUAUCUCAUCUACCUUUUACCUUUCUCUAUUUCUGUAUGUAUACCUUUAUUUACUUCUUUCUCUGGCUUGCUGUGAAGCUGGACAGCUGGUCCCUGAUGUCCUCCUCUCCUGGUUCUGUCUUGCUCCUCCUUCUCUCCUAUUCUCUGCCCACCUGCUCUGCCUUACCCUUUCUUCUGCCUAGUUAUUGGCUGUUCAACUCUUUAUUAGACCAUCAGGUGUUUUAGACAGGCAAAAUAACACAGCUUCACAGAGUUAAACCAAUGCAACACAUCUUUGCAUCGCUAAAAAAAUUUUCCACAGUGCAAAUUAGCACAUCUUAAAAUUAUACAACAUCCAGGGGCUCCCUCUUCUAGCCUCCUCAGGAAUUGCAUGUGUUUCGUGCACAAACAUACAAAAUAACCAUAUACAUAACAACAAAAAGCACCUUUAAAUCAAUGAGUUAAGAAUGUUGGGGGGGGGGGACAUCAAACUUGGGGUUGAGAAGUAGGCUUAGCCAUUUACCAGUUUGUCUUCAUAACAAAUCUAAAUUGAUCUUUUUCUCUUUUGGAAUUGAACUAAAUUGAGAGUAUUUUUUUACACACUUCAUAACUUGUUCCUCAUUUGGGGUAUUUGCGGCAAACACCUUCAGGACCCUAUCUUGUUUAGAAAAGGAGUGCUUUGGUGACUGCUUACAAUCCUGAUAGAUGCACAGAUGAUUUGACCAGUCUUUGAUUCUGACUACAGCUGGAGCCGGUAAUUCUGUGUUUGCUUAGAGGCACACAGAUUGCAGCUUCUGGUGUUCCCUGCAGUGGAGAAAAGCACUAGCUUGAAUCCUGUUCACUUCAGAGAACAUCAGUGAUAGACAACACUUGCCUGCCACAGGCUAUGAAGUGAUCAAAGUUAGGCAAAGGUGCUGCCUUUUCUGUAAGGAAAGAAAUCGAAGUUGCUGCCAAACUUGGCCAAACUCAUGCAGUGGAUGGAACAGACUGAGACUUUCUCAAUUGGGGCUCCUCCCAAAGGUGGCAAGGGACAUUGUUCUGGCCUGUUUAGGCCUGUACUUGCUGCCCAGGGAGCUAGGGCUCCUCCCCAAACAUAAACAUAAAUUCGAAGAUCUUGGAGAUUUAAGAGUUGGCCUUUUCUCUCUUUCCCUUUUGCUAUACCCUCUAUAGGACUCCACUGGUGUCAUUAAGGGAUCCCAUCCCAUGGCCGAUUACUCUGGGGAGUCCGGAUUUCUGCCUUGUGAGUCCUGUGACAUGGUUUUCCGCUCCUGGGCUUUGUUGGCCACCCACACCCAGCGAUUCUGCAUUGGUCGGCUGACUCCGGAGGUGACACAUGGAACACAGCCUUCAGUAGCCAUGGAACAACGGGGCACCACGAUUGUGGCACAAGAGCAACAGAGCCAUCCAGAGCAGGAAGAGGCCAGUAAAUCUGCUCUAAAGAGGUUGACAGAGGAGGUGCAGUUGCUGAGACUGUCCCUAAAGGAAAUGCGCCCCUGGGCGACUGAGGGUGCCACCUCGCAGACUGCAGGGAGCCCUGGCGAGAGGUUGCGUACAUUGCAGGGAACCCGCGCUAGGCGCGUGGCAGAGACAGAAGCGCAAAGCCAGGCCCUGGAGCGCCGCGGAGCGGAGCUAAAACGGCGCCUCCUUGGCGUAGCGGGACCCAUGGGAGGACUACCCGCGCCAUUCGGCCUGCAGCGCGAGCUCCGAGAACUCAAGGCAGAGGCCGGCCGGACACGGGGCGCUCUGCAAAGGCUGGGGGCGCGCAUAUUAGCGCUACAGUCACAGCCCCGCAUCCAGAGGGACUCUUUUAAGGGAGCAGAGAGAUGUCCGCCCGCGCCGGUCAAGCCAGGAACGCUGCCUGCAGAGAUCCAGGCCCUACGUGAGGCCUACGUGAGCGGUGGUGGCCGGGACCCCGGAGUUUUGGACAAAAUAUGGCAACUGCAAGUGGAGGCAUCAGCCCUGGAGUUGAGGCGGUGGCAGAAUCGCAAGGAAAAAGUAACUGCCAUCUCUGAGGAGCUUCUAGUGGUGGAAGCCGAAAACCGGCUCUUAGAGGCAGAAAUACAGGCCUUGCAGAAGAAGGGCCUGAGUCUGGCGCCCUGGGGACACAGGGAGCCUCAGCUCCUAGCUGAUCCCUGGCCGCACCUGAGUAGAAGGGGUGAUAAAUCCUUCCUCCUUCCACCAGUUGCACUCCCAAUGCCAAGUUCAACAAAUGUCCAGAAUUUCCAUGACACUUCAACAUCUCAGAUAGUUAAUGGAACCAUGACAAGGACCUUAGGUCUGGAUCGCCACUUCUUCCUACCAGCAUCCGAUGCUCUAGGCCCUGCACCAUAUGAUCCUGGGGAUGGCCUUGUCAUUUUCUAUGACUUCCUAUGGGGCCUUGAGGCUUCUUGGGUUUGGGUGCAGCUAUUGACAAGAUUGGUCCAGGAUGGACAGAAUACAGGAGGGACCACAGCAUUGCCUCCAGCCCUUUGCUUACCACCACCGUCAGCUCCUGGACCUAUGGGCAACUGUGCCAUCCUUGCAAGCAGGCAGCCUGUACCCAGAUUGCCUCCAUCACCACUGGUAUCUUUGAUCUGUGAACUACAUGCCUGGCAGAGUGUUACAUGGGCACCACAACCAAAGGCUUGGGCCUCACUAUUGCUAUUUGACCAAGAUAAGCAGAUGCUUAGUGGGCGUUGGCGCCUCCCACUUCAGGUCCUUCCUCCUAACUCCAACCUCAGUCUUGGCCAGAAUGAAAUUCCCCAGAUGGAGGACCACUCUUCCUUUUCCCAGGCAGGUCAAGCUGAGCUCUUUCUGAGACUGGUGAAUGCAAGAGAGGCAGAUGUCCAGACAUUGGCAGAGAUCAAUCCAGCAAGUGCCCAUGAGUACCAGUUCCAGUACCCACCACUGGUAUCCAAUCCAUCUUCACUGGAAACCAGUUCCUUCUCCCACAAUCCUGGCUUUGUAGACCCCCAGCCUUCCACAGAAGAGGCUUUCGUCAGUGUCACGGAUGAAGAUGAGCAUUUGAGAUCCCACCAGUUUUGACCCAAACCCACCAAGUUUUUGAGACAGAAGGCCUAGUUCUAGACUUGUAGCUUUUUUUUUUCUUUUGGUUUUUUUGAGCCUGGAUUCUUUUUUAUAUAAUAGUCCUAGCUGUCCUGGAACUUACUCCUGUAGACCACACUGGCCUCAAACUCAAUAAUCAACCUGCUUCUACCUCCCGAAUGCUGGGAAUAAAGGUGUGCGAUACCGCCGCCCAGCCUGACCUGCAGUUUUUGUUUUUUAAUAAAGCCUUAGAUAAAUUCCAA